CUCCUGUGUUUGUGUCUCAGUGUUUUAACAGAGGCAGUUUACACAUGAACAUCUGUUGAUCCGGAUCCAGGAGAGAGAUCUGAACCCUCCGUGAGGCCAAGAGAGACUCGAGGAUGAUGGACACGCAGGAGGAUUUAGUGACCAACGUCCAAACUGCAGUGGACGCCAAAGAGUCAAAGCGAAGGAGCGAGCUGGAGGAAGCUCAAAGAAUCAGACUGAAGCAGGAGGAGGAGGACGCAAAAUACUGCCAUAAAAUAUUUGGGGAGUUGGACACAAUGCGGGGGUCGAGAGCUCGGGGGGAGAUGAGUCAGGAGCAGCUGGACGCCCUGAACAGCCAGUUACUGUUAUGUAUCACUGUCAUGGAGGACAAGAAAAAACACCUGCAACAGAGGCUGAAUGAAGUCAAUGAUCUCUACGUGAAGGAGCUGAGGGAGCAGGAGGAGGAGUUGGACCUGAUGAGGAAGACGAUGGAGGAGCAGGAUAAAACCCUGAAAGAGACCUACAGGAAGAAGAUGGCCGAGGCUGAGAAAAUGUUUCAGGAGGAAUUUGAAGAAACGCUCAGAAAAGACAUGGUUGAAUGGGAGCAACGAAAAAUCACUGGGGACGAACUGUCGGAGAUGCUGAAGGAGAGGAGUAAGAAGGCAGAGGAGGUGUCUGACGCCAUGAUUAAGAGCAUGAUGAAUGACCUGAAGAUCGAGGAAGGACAGAUUGGAAUACUUCAGGCUCAGGAGACAGAGAAACAACACCAAGACAGCAAGAAGGAAACCAGCCCCACCAUCCCAUUGCUGAAGAGAGGGGCCAAAAAUAAUGGAAGGAUCUCCAGAAUGCAGACAGUGACACCAAGUCGAAAUGCAAAGUGUUCCACUCAGGAUAAACCGUCUACAAAGGCGAGCCAGAUGUCUGAGGAACUCAAACGCUGCAUCGAGCGAAAGGAACGCUUAGAAAAGCAAAUCAAGCACUUUGCAGUCACCAAUGCCAAAAAAUACAGGGACGUGCGUCGAAUGGCUGAAAAAGAGGUGAAGGAACUAGCGGAGAGGGCUUUGGCCAUGGACUCACUGAUCUGCCAACAGGUCCUGGGUUUAGCCUGGGAGCGCCCUCCUGUGGAGCUGAUGGAGCCCAUCCAGCCCAAGAAACACCAGCUGUCUCUCAGCGGACAGACUUCAGAGUGUAGUCAGAGCACGGACAUGGACGGGACAGCGGUGCAGACAGAGGUGGAGGAAGUCACACUGUCGAUGGAGACAGUGAGGAAUGUGAUGGAGCUGCUGUGUGACAAGGCGGGUGUCCUGAUAAACGACAAACUCCUGAACCUGGUGGUUCCCGAGCAGAAGGACAGUCCGACCGUAGUGAAGCUGCGCUCUCUUCUUUGUUCUUUUGGCAUUGAAGAGAACGAUGUGCCCAAGUUGGCUCUUUUCUUAUUAGAUCACAGUGAACGUCAGCGGAGAUCUCAGACUGAGGAGACCACGUCAAUGACUCAUUUGACCUCUCAACUCCAAAGUGCUCUAAAAAGUUUCCUCCAGGACCACCUGAGGUCCAGAGCUGAGAGCUCAGCAUGCCAACAUCAGAGUCUUCAUCUAAAACUCUGGGACGAUCCUUCAGAGGAUAAAACCUACUGGGACAGAAUGGCCACCAUCAUCUCUGAGGACACACUGCAACUCUGGGAUGACACGGAGAAUGCACUUAGGCAGUACCAUUGUAUCCUGACCGACAUCUCUGAGCUCAACGCUGACAAUGACCGUCUGCAGAAGGAGAACACAGACCUGCGGAGUCAGCUGGGAGCCAUAAAAGCCACACGAAAUGCUGGAACCCACCCUCCGCUUUGACUCAGCAGUCUAUGGACAGCGUGUGGAGUCAUCAGUUUGUAGCCCAUCUGCUUCAAGGUUGGACAAGGUGUUGUUGCUUCAGAGAUG